UAAAAUGAUGUACUAAAUUAAAUUAAACUGUUAUAAUUUUCUAUUUCUAAUUCAUACAAAAUAAAGGAAAACUAAGAUUAUAAAAGAUAAGGCAAACAAUGCAUAAUGUUUGUGUUACAGUCUUCUGCUUUUAAUGGAAUUGAUGGUAAACAUUGUAGCAACCAACACAAAGUGAAAAAGAUCAGUUAAAAAAUUCAAUGUCCAGAAAAACCAACCAGCUAUUCAGACUCCAUUUUUUGCAAAGAUUGACUUUGCCUCAGCAUCAACAAACUCUUCAUCAGAGAUUGGUUCCUGUGUGUCAUAUGUUUUACAAGUCAGUGGGAAUUAAGCACAGCACAUACAAGCUGAAAAGCCAGAUAAGGAAAUGUAUUCCUUCUCUUGACAGUUCUAAUCUAACUUGGCUAAAGCCAGUUUUUAGGUUAACUUGGGCAGAAAAGUGAAGAGAAUGCUGCACUUUAACCGAUGUCCGCAUCUGAAACAAAUAGCCCAGAAAUGUUUUUCUAGAAUACAUGUUAGAACGGAUAAACAUGUGCAGCUGUUUCUUUCAAGAACCUUUGCACUUGCAGAAUUCAGGAAGUCGCGGCACUCAACCCACUCUCUUGUUGGAGACAAAAAUAUUAUCCUGAUGGGACCGCCUGGUGCUGGGAAAACAACAGUAGGCAGGAUAAUAGGUCAGAAACUAGGCUGUUGUGUCAUAGAUGUGGAUGAUGAUAUCCUUGAAAAAACCUGGAAUAUGAGUGUGUCUGAAAAAUUACAGGAUGUUGGUAACGAGCAAUUUUUAGAAGAGGAAGGAAAAGCCGUGUUAAACUUCUCUACAUCUGGAAGUGUGAUUUCCCUUACGGGGUCCAAUCCAAUGCACGAUGCUAGCAUGUGGCAUCUGAAGAAAAGUGGGAUAGUUGUAUACCUGGAUGUACCUCUGAUAGAUAUAGUCAGCCGCUUGAAAUUAAUGAAAAUCGAUAGGAUUGUAGGUCAGGAUGCUGGAAUGCCUAUGAAAGAUUUACUGAAGUUUAGAAGACAGUAUUAUAAGAAGUGGUACGAUACCCGGGUUUUCUGUGAAAGUGGGGCUUCCCCAGAGGAGGUCGCCGACAAAGUGCUCUGUGCGGUCAAACGAUACCAAGAUGUGGACUCAGAAACGUUCGUUUCCACGAGACACAUUUGGCCCAAGGACAAUGAACGGACGGUUUCAACAAAAUUCUUCAGCGAAGCAGUGACCGAGGGGUUAGCUUCUGAUGGUGGGCUCUUUGUCCCUGAGAAAGAGUUUCCGAAAUUAAGCUGCGGGGAGUGGAAAAGCCUCGUAGGAGCCACCUACAUAGAAAGGGCCCAGAUCCUGCUGGAAAAGUGUAUCCACCCCGCUGAUGUACCUGCCGCCAGACUGGGAGAAAUGAUCGAGGCUGCUUAUGGGGAAAACUUUGCCUGCUCAAAAAUUGCCCCCGUCAGGCACCUCUCAGGCAACCAGUUCAUCCUGGAGUUGUUUCACGGACCCACGGGGUCAUUUAAAGAUUUGUCUUUGCAGCUCAUGCCUCAUCUUUUUGCACACUGUAUUCCGCCAAGUUGCAACUAUAUGAUCCUUGUAGCUACUUCCGGAGACACCGGGAGCGCGGUCUUAAACGGUUUUAGCCGUAUUAGUAAGAAUGAUAAGCGAAGAAUAGCUGUGGCCACAUUUUUUCCCGAGAACGGUGUAAGUGACUUUCAGAAAGCACAAAUAAUUGGCAGUCAGAAAGAAAAUGGAUGGGCAGUGGGUGUCAAGUCCAGUUUCGAUUUUUGCCAGACAGCCGUCAAAGGAAUUUUUAGAGAUUCUGAUUUUACUGGCUUUCUUAUUAUGGAAUAUGGGACAGUCUUAAGUUCAGCUAAUUCCAUAAACUGGGGCCGACUGCUUCCCCAAGUAGUUUAUCAUGCUUCUGCAUAUCUUGAUCUCGUUAGCCAAGGAUUUAUUUCCUUUGGAAGCCCGGUCGAUGUCUGUAUUCCCACAGGAAACUUCGGUAACAUUUUAGCAGCAGUGUAUGCCAAAAUGAUGGGAAUCCCUAUUCGCAAAUUUAUUUGUGCCUCUAAUCAGAACCACGUUUUGACCGAUUUUAUAAAAACAGGACACUACGAUCUAAGGGAAAGAAAAUUAACACAAACCUUUUCACCAGCAAUCGAUAUUCUUAAAGCUUCAAACCUGGAACGACAUUUGCACUUGAUGGCUGAUAAAGACGGCGAGUUAAUGACAAAAUUAUUUAAUCAGCUCGAAGAGCAGCAUCACUUCCAGAUAGAGAAGAUGCUGGUGGACAGACUGCAGCAGGAUUUUGUCGCUGACUGGUGUUCCGAGGGAGAGUGCCUGGCAGCCAUCCGUUCCACCUACAACGCUUCAGGGUAUAUUCUGGACCCACACACUGCUGUUGCAAAAGUGGUUGCAGACAGAACGCAAGACAAAACUUGCCCAGUGAUCGUCUCAUCGACGGCUCAUUACUCGAAGUUUGCACCUGCUAUCAUGCAGGCUUUAAAGAUUAAAGAAAUCAACCAGGCUUCAUCAAGUCAGCUUUAUUUACUGAGUUCCUACAAUGCGUUGCCUCCGCCGCAUGAAGCCUUAUUAGAGAGAAUGAAACAGCAAGAGAAGAUGGAGUACCAGGUCUGUGCAGCGGAUGUCAAUGUCCUGAAGAAUCAGGUGGAAAAACUGAUACAAAAUCAAUUUGUAUAACAAUGUUUUGAGUAAAAAAAUUUUUUUUCCUGGUGAUAGGCAUGCAAAAAUAAAUCCCAGACAUUGAUCUGCA